CAAACGGUAAUAUCGAGUAGGUGGAUUCCUUGACUUUGGAAGUGCCUCUAUAGUACGACUCUGUUGCUCUUACGAUGCCUCCCUCGAGCUCUCUGGCGACCGCUGAAUUGUCCAACCCUCUUAUAACAUCGCUAAAUGAGCUCCUUGCUGCUCUUGGUCUUCCAUUCGUGUUGGAGACGCCUUACGACCUCACCUCCUCGCUUCUCCUAGCUAUCCUGGAAUCCAUCCUUGAGUCUCGCCUCCCCAUUCCACAAUCCGUCCGGGAAUCUCGCAACACCCCUGAUAAAAUCCAAGCCAUGAAGAUAUUCCUCGGCGUUUUGGAGAACGAUGUCAUUCAGGAUGAUGUCGGCUUGAGUGAUGUCGACCCGAGGAAGCUGGCGUACGGAGAAUGGGACGAAGUUGUGUUCGUGGGAGAGUUGCUGUGCUGGUUAGGGGUGAAGAUGGAGCUUCUGAAGGAUGAAGAAGGACAUUAUGAGGACCCGCCUUCGAGAAUGGAUGCCGGUCUUGGGUCAAGAGAGGGAGAUUUCCCGAGUACUAGCGACUCUGCGAGCGGUUUCGUGCGCCCAGGAUCACCCUCGGUGGUGUCAUCGUUGACGGCCAGCUUGCAAAGUGCUCUAUUUGUGGACACGACACACGAUACAAACACGAACACCACAAUAUUGUCGUCCAUUCCAGACGACGACCGGGCAUCGUCGCCUCCGCCACCGAGACACGCCGCUAUUACCAUCUCCGAUCUUCAUUUUCCGGGAGAAUCCUCGAGUCGUUACCGACCUGCUCCUCGAUGUAUACAUGAAAUCGAAGAUCCAUCCUUCCUCGUCUCGGAGAACGAAAUGGACCAUACAUACGAGAGCGCGUCCGAGCUUUCAACUGUGUCCGGAACCGUUGAUAGCGACUCGACAUCUUCGUUCUACGAUUGCGGCCACCACAACCACGGCCACGAUCGCGAGCAUGACAUUCAUCUUCCAUACGCAACGUCUCGAGCUCGACGACCACCGAUACGUCACGACGGAUGGAUUCAAGAGGUUGAUGACGAGUCGGAAAUACAGGAGUACGAGGCUAAUCGACGUGCAAGCGGUGGCACGGCAGGGCGUAGGUCAGCUUCCGAUAACAAGCAUACGUCUGGCACGCACGGUUAUCAGAACACGAACACGACGAGAUUAUCUGGUGCUUCUCACGGACACCGCGUCUUGACGAGGCACACCGCACCUACUGAGCAUACUUUGGCGCUUCUGAAUGAACGGGCGAAACUGUUGACGGAGCUCGCAAAGCUGAAUCGUUGACAUUGUUUUGUUUUGUCUCAGACUGACCAGCUUUGUAUGCCGGACGGCGCUUAUGGGCCACACACCCACAAGGAGGGAUGAAACAUGAAACAUUAUAGUUGCCACGCUCCUCAGACAAUUGUAAUGGUGUAGGAGCUCUCCGUCUCCUUGUUGUAUAACACUUCAAGACAUGAAGCUUUAUGAGGCCGCUUUUGAGACUAACUCGUUUCGCGCUUGCAGAUAU